GGCCAGUGGCUACAGCUCCGAUUCGACUCCUAGCCCGGGAACCUCCAUAUGCCGCGGGAGCAGCCCAAAGAAAUAGCAAAAAAAAAGACAAAAAAACAAACAAACAAAAAAAAACCCAAAAUGUUAUGAUUAACACAGUGCAUAGUGGAAGACUUUUAUGGUGAAUUAAAAAACCUAACACCCUAGUCUAUUAACCAAUAUUUUAAAAAUCAGUAGUAGUUUUAAGCCAAUGAUAGUUCUUUUACCUGUUUCUUCUAGUAUUACCUUUAUGUUUAUGAUAUCUUUGUAUUGCUAUUUUUUGACUUACCAACUUUAAAAGGUAUCAGUAUACUGACUACUAUGGUAGUUGAUAUUCCAGAUCUCUUGCUCUGAUACCACCUAUUUCUCCACUCUCAUCCUCAAAGAUUGUGAGCGAUAUAGUUGGUGAAAUCAGUAGUUAUUUAUUGCAUUGAAGGAGUUCAGAACACACGACCCCAAAAUAUGCUUCUCUGGCAAAUGGACUGUUUGGAGUUAAAGGACCCUUGAAAAACAACCUGCAAGAAGGACAUGGUGAUCUUCUUCCUUUUUCUUAAAUAGCAGAUUAAAAUCCCAUGUGAAAGUUGUCCUUCCUACAUCAGAAGGAAAGAGACAUUCUUAUCAACAAGGAUGGGCAGUCAAAGCUGAGAUAAAAUCUGUACCAACAAACUUUGUUAAAUGAACCAUCAACUUACUAGUCAAUUCUCCACUCGUUGAAAUGCCCCAGCCUGAACCCCUUUGCCUAGUCACAUUUUACAAUUUGCUACUUGCUUAAUUCAAUAUAUAAGCAUUCAACUCUGCUUCUUUGGGUCUUCGCUUUUCUUGUGAAGACUCCCAUGUACAAGUAAAAAGUAUAUAAUUAAAACUGGCAUGUUUUCUCCUGUUAAUCUGGCUUCUGUCAGUUCAAUUCAUAGGCCCAGCCGGAGGUCCUAAGAAAGUGGAGGAGAAAUUAUUCCUCCCCUACAGCAUUAUGAUUCUAUCAUUUAUAGAUGAAGCAUUUACUUUUUCACAUUGUUUUAUGGUUGUUAAUGACAAAAAUAAAUUUAACACAGAGCAACAUAACAUAAUGCAUCAUCAUUAAGGGGGUGUAAUGACACCCACUCUGCCAGUGCUGAAAUUACUUGUGAUCUUAUUUCAGGAAACCAAUUUUACCUGAAUUGUUUUUCUUUUUUUUUUCACCUCUAAAAUAGGGUAAUAGUUGUUUUCCUCACAAGGCUCUGGAAAGAAGCAGAGUAGGAGUAACUUAGAAGAAUGAGAUAGUGAGUAGGUUGAAUUAAAGAAAAUAUCAGAAGAUGGCCACUGCACAAUUGCAGAGAACGUCCAUGAGUGCUUUGGUAUUUCCCAAUAAGAUAUCAACUGAGCAGCAGUCUUUAGUGUUAGUGAAGAGGCUCCUAGCAGUUUCAGUAUCCUGCAUCACGUAUUUGCGAGGAAUAUUUCCAGAAUGUGCUUAUGGAACAAGAUACCUAGAUGAUCUUUGUGUCAAAAUUCUGAGAGAAGAUAAAAAUUGUCCAGGAUCCACACAGUUAGUGAAGUGGAUGCUAGGAUGCUAUGAUGCUUUACAGAAAAAAUAUCUAAGGAUGGUUGUUCUAGCUGUAUACACCAAUCCAGAAGACCCUCAGACAAUUUCAGAAUGUUACCAAUUUAAAUUCAAGUACACCAGUAAUGGACCCAUCAUGGACUUCAUAAGUAAAAACCAAAGCAGUGAAUCUAGUAUGUCAUCUGCUGACACAAAGAAAGCAAGUAUUCUCCUCAUUCGCAAGAUUUAUAUUCUAAUGCAAAAUCUGGGACCUUUACCUAAUGAUGUUUGUUUGACCAUGAAACUUUUUUACUACGAUGAAGUUACACCCCCAGAUUACCAGCCUCCUGGUUUUAAGGAUGGAGAUUGUGAAGGAGUAAUAUUUGAAGGGGAGCCUAUGUACCUAAAUGUGGGAGAAGUCCCAACACCUUUUCACACUUUCAAAGUAAAAGUGACCACUGAGAAAGAACGAAUGGAAAAUAUUGAUUCAGGUAUAUUAUCACCAAAACAAAUAAAAACACCACUGCAAAAAAUUCUCAUGGACAAAGAUGAUUUAGAAGAUGAACAGGAGCAUUAUAUAAAUGAUGAUUUUGACAUUGAAACUAAAAUGGAAGAGCAGAAAAAAAAACUUGGAUCUUCUGAACUUGGAGAGCCAAAUUUAGUUUGUGAGGAAGAUGAAAUUAUGAGGUCUAAAGAAAGUCCGGAGCUUUCAAUUUCUCAUUCUCAGGUUGAGCAGUUAGUCAGUAAAACAUCUGAGCUUGAUGUGUCUGAAAGCAAAACCAGAAGUGGAAAAAUCUUUCAGAAUAAAAUGGCUAAUGGAAAUCAACAAAUAAAAUCUAAGGAAAGUCGGAAGAGAAGUCAGCUUGAAUCUGGGAAAACAGUUCUUCAUCACUUUGAUUCGUCUAGUCAAGAUUCAGUGCCAAAAAGAAGAAAGUUUAGUGAACCAAAGGAACAUAUAUAAAAAAAUGAUUUUCUUCAUGUUUGCAAAGUUCUUCACAACAUUUAAAUGAAAGGACACUAUAUUACUAUUUUAAGGUGUGUUUGCCCUACCACUGAAAACUUAUAGGUAGUCUUAAGCAGUUAGUACACUGAAAUGAAUUCUUAGCUAUCAUAUGAUGAUCUUUAAUCUUAUCUGAGACAAAUUCAAGAGAACUUUUGAGUAAGAACAAAAAUAACCAGUGUUGUAAUUUAUUCUGUUAAUUAUCUACUCAAUUUGAUCUAUAUUCCAUUUGGUGGACAUUUCCUUUAAACUUAUAUUAACUUUUAAGGCCCUCUUAAGCCAUUUUUUGAAGUAAAUAAUGUUUAUUUUGGUAUUAAAUUUUGAUAGGAAUUCAUUUUUUACCUAUGUUAAAACCAUAUAAUUUAACUGCCUGUGUUUGUCAUUAUGUUGUUAAAACAAUGUUAUUCAGUACUUUGAUAUAGUGUAUUAACAUAAUAAUAUAUAAUGUGCAAUUAAAAA